AUGGAGCGCAUGCAUGAAAGGAGGCUAUUGGGUCAGAAAUGGUCUGGAUACUUAUGCCCGGAAGCGGAGAUGGUGCUGAGUGAUAAUAUUCAGCAUGGUAGCUGCUUGGCGAUUAAACAUUCGACGGAAGAUAUUGUGGAGGUCGAGUCUAAUAAAACUUGCCGCGUAGAUUUGAAGAACCGGACUUGUUCUUGCAUGUCCUGGGACAUCACCCGCAUUCCCUGCAAACAUGCGUGCGCUGCAAUUACAUGGAUGGGACGAGAAAUUUACCAAUAUUGCGAUUGGUACAUGACUGUUGACGCAUUCAGAGCAAGCUAUGCACCGAUCAUCUAUCCCAUCCCAGAUUACGAGAAGCGCUUUGUACCGCCAGAAGAACGAGUGUUGAAUCCUCCUCUCACCAAAAAAGACGUGGCAGACCAUGCACUAGACGAAUAA